CAAAAGAAAGCAUUGAGGAAGGAUAAAAAUAUAUCAAGUAAGAAAUAACAAAGAAAAUCAAACUAGUCGAAAGGAUGUACAAGGCUCUGACCUGCAAUUUUACACCCCUUGAUGGUCUUUUGCACCCCAGGGUGUCACUGAUCAAGAUUUCUGCAAAUUACAGGGUUGGGGAAAGAGUUCGCUUAGUUGUACCAAGGGAGGGCACUGAAUUGCUGGAAAUCUCUGAGCAUCAUCGUACAAAGGUAGCUCGCAAUGUGAAUUUAGAAAGGCUGCAAAAGAACUAUCUGUUCCCUGAGAUUUCUGCUCGGGAGCUUGAACACUUGGAAAAGUAUCCAAAUGCAAAAAUUAUAAGCCUGGGGAUCGGUGACACAACACAGCCUAUACCAGAUAUUGUAGCUCAUACCAUGUCAGAUUUUGCACGAGACCUUUCAACACGUAAAGGGUAUAGAGGAUAUGGAGCUGAGCAAGGAAACAAGGAAUUAAGGAAAGCAGUUGCAGAUACAUUUUAUGGAGAUGUAACAGUAAAAGAUACAGAAGUUUUUAUAUCUGAUGGUUCACAAUGUGAUAUUUCACGUCUGCAGCUGCUUCUUGGCUCAGAAGUUUCAAUUGCUGUACAAGAUCCAAACUUUCCGGCUUAUAUGGAUUCAAGUGUUAUAAUUGGUCAAAGUGGUGAAUUCCAAGAUAAUAUGAGCAAAUACAAGAAUGUUGAGUACAUGACAUGCAGACCUGAGAACAAUUUCUUCCCAGAUCUGUCAACUGCUUCAAGAACAGACAUUAUAUUCUUUUGCUCCCCAAAUAAUCCAACUGGUCAUGCUGCAACUUACAAGCAAUUGCAACAGCUCGUAGAGUUUGCCAAGAAGAAUGGAUCAAUCAUUGUCUAUGACUCUGCAUAUGCUGCUUAUAUAACUGAUGAAUCUCCUCGCUCCAUAUAUGAAAUUCCUGGAGCCAAAGAGGUUGCCAUAGAAAUUUCAUCAUUCUCCAAGAUUGCUGGAUUUACUGGCGUUCGCCUUGGAUGGACUGUGGUACCGGAGGAGCUACUAUACUCAAAUGGGUUUCCAGUUAUCCAUGAUUUCAAUCGUAUCGUCUGCACUUGCUUCAAUGGUGCUUCCAGCAUAGCUCAAGCUGGCGGUUUAGCUUGUCUUUCUCCAGACGGUCUCAAGGCAAUCUACUCUGUGGUUGACUACUACAAGGAGAAUGCAAAUGUAUUGCUAAACACAUUUGCUUCAAUGGGUUUGAAGGCAUACGGGGGAGUAAACGCACCAUAUGUUUGGGUACACUUUCCAGGUUCCAGAUCCUGGGAUGUUUUCGCUGAGAUUCUUGAGAAGGCAAACAUAAUUACAGUUCCAGGAAGCGGAUUCGGUCCAGGAGGUGAAGAGUAUAUAAGAGUCACUGCGUUCGGGCAUAGAGAAAGUAUACUGGAAGCCUCAGCAAGACUUAAACGCCUCUAUUGUUAGUCUUGUAUACAAGGCUUUCAUGUUCUUUGCUUCCUAAUAAUCUUAUAUCUAGUAUCUGUACUUGUAUCACUAGCAGGAAGACUCAUAUACAUAUCUAUCCAUAAUCUCUAUUCAUUUAACUAGUUGAGUGAACUAAUGUUUUCUCACAUUUACGAUA